UCGUCGAAAUGUUGCCGACACUAAACGACUCGGACGCACUAGCCGUAGAAAACUUUCGAGAAUACCUCCGAAUUCCGUCUGUCCAUCCGAACAUCAACUAUGACAAAUGCGUUAGUUUCCUGGAGAGGCAGGCGAAAAGUAUCGGGCUAGACUUCGCAGUCCACCGGAUCACCCCCGAAAAACCGAUGGUGAUUCUGACAUGGCCCGGCCACGAGCCAGCCCUUCCGACGAUCCUCCUAAACAGUCACAUGGACGUGGUGCCCGUCUUCGAGGACAAAUGGACGCACGGACCUUUCGCCGCCGAAAUGGACGAGAAAGGUGACAUCUACGCGCGCGGUGCUCAGGACACCAAGUGUGGCGGAAUUCAGUACCUGGAGGCGAUCAGAAGGUUGAAGGCCGGCGGAGCGCAACCGAAGCGAACCGUCCACGUGAGUUUCGCGGCGGAGGAGGAGAUCGGCGGGUUGCAGGGGAUGAAGGAUUUUGUUAAGAUGGACGAGUUUCGGAAGCUGAAUGUGGGGUUUGCCAUAGACGAGGGGAUCGGCGCCGUAGGCGAUACUCUGAAGGUGUUUUAUGGGGAAAAGAAAAACUGGAAAUUUAACGUGCACUGCACCGGGGAUACGGGUCACGGAGCCGGGCUGCUGGAAAACACAGCCGGAGAGAAGGUUCAAGCGAUCGUUGACAGGUUCUACACGUUUCGUGAGCAGCAAGAGCAGAUCCAGGAGAAGACCAAGGCUGCUGUGACCUCCGUGAACUUGACGGUCAUCCAAGGGGGUGUCCAACACAAUGUGAUUCCUUCGGAAUUCGUUUUGACCUUCGACACGCGCGUACCCUUCGAGCAGUCGCAGGAGUUCGAGGCGAAGGUGAUGCGAUGGUGCAAGGAGGCGGGGGAUGGAGUUUGGAUUGAAGAUCUAAUCAAAGAUCAGGUUAUUCCAAAUACGGUUCUGGGAGAUACCAACGCGUUCUGGACGGCAUUCAAGUCGACACUGAACCAACUGAAUCUGCAAUUCGAGCUCGAAGUGUACUCUGCGAAUACAGAUGCGCGAUUUUUGAGGUCGGUGGGUAUUCCAGCCAUAGGGUUUACGCCAAACCGGCGUACCGAGUUUAGAAUCCACGAGAAUGACGAAUAUUUAAAUGUCAAUGUCUUUUUGGACAGCAUUAAGGUGUACGAGAAGAUAAUCCCGGCCAUUUCAGAUGUAUAGAUAGUGGUAGUUCAAUAAAAAACUU